UAGAUCUUAUUUCUUUCACCAAAAUAAGUACAAGCAUUUAUAGCCAUUAAUUAUUCUUUGUAUAGUUAAAAAUCCCAUAAUAAAUUAACGGUGGACCCGAAAAGUCAUACACGUUCCAAAACAAAAAGUCGCAAGUCUACGUUUCCCAUUCUUCCAGAAUCACAACACGUCUCCUCCCAUUUCUUCGUAAAUACGUUUCUCCUCUCUGACCCAUCACAAUCACAAUCACAAUCAACAAAAUUCAGAGUUUUCAACAAAAUUCAGCAAUCGUGGCGAAGCUAUAUAAGAAAGAGGAGGAGAGACACAAAGCAAUGGAAGAAGAAGAAGAAGAUCAGGAAGAAGAAGACAUGUUCGAAGACGCCGUGUGUACCACGCCAGCCAGAGUCAACACGCCUUUGUCCGUAAUCACAGAGGCCUUCGAAGAUCUUGCGGAUCUGCUGAAACCGCAACGGUCUGAUGAGAUCGAAGAAGACGAAGACGGAUUAAGGCUUUGUGAUUUCUGCAGUGCGUGUACUCAUGUCUCUGUUCUCUUCAAUUGUCUUGGAUUCGCUUUCAAAUUUGCGGAAAUGGAGUACAUCGCUAAGGUUAAGGAUUUGGUUGAGGCGUCAAAAACGUUCGACACGUUACAGAACAUUCUUGAUCUAGACGUGGAGAAAGAAACGGUUAAAACACCGGGAAGCCAUUCGCGUAACCUAAGACGUGUUAGACAAGGUUUAGAUCUGAUCCGAGCCAUCUUUGAACAAUUCUUGAUCGCUGAUGAUUAUUCCUUGAAAGACGCUGCGACCACGGCUUACACCGAAGUCUGCGCACCGUUCCAUACAUGGGCAGUUAGGACCGCGGUUUACGCCGGAAUGUAUACACUUCCGACGAGGGAUCAACUUCUCUUACGGCUCAAUGAAACUGAUCAAUCGGUUGAGAAGAACAUGAGGAGGUACAUGGAAGCAUCGCGACCUAUCAUAGAAUAUAUUGACAAGCUUUACAUUGAAAGGAACAUUAAACUCGAUUGGUAAAUUUUUUGUUCUACAUUAAGACAAAUUGAAAAAAGUUAUCCUUGUAAAUUACUAUUAUUUUUUAUUAAUUUUGGUUUAUGUAAAUUUAAAUUGGAGCUUUUGUCUGAGACUUCCCCAAAAAAUUGUUGCUCACCUUAUGUAACGCGUUGAGGAAAUCAAAACGUUCUUAAAACGAAAAA